UGUCCUCACCAUAUGGUCCUCACCACAGACUGUUUGUUUCAGUUUUAUUUGUGAUUCAUUAUGGAGGUUCCAGUUUUUACAGUGGAUGCUUUCACCAAUUUACCAUUCAAAGGAAAUCCUGCUGCAGUUUGCCCACUUAUGCAGGAGCUGAGUGAUGAACUGUACCACAAAAUAGCAGCAGAAAUGAACCUGUCUGAAACAGUUUUCAUCACCAGGAUUAACCUCUCUGACAACUUCAGCACAGGAUCAAGGUUUCGUCUUCGAUGGUUCACACCAACUAAUGAGGUUGACCUGUGUGGCCACGCUACUCUGGCCUCUGCAGCAGUGCUGUUCCAGGAGAAGCAGAAUGUGAAUCCCACCAUAGUGUUUGAGACAAGGAGUGGAGAUCUGUGUGUCACCAAGAAGAAUGAAAGUUUCGUCAUGGAUUUCCCUCUCAACCCUCCCACACAAGCGGAUCCUAAAGAGUUCAAAGCUGUCAUCAAGGCAGCAGUAGGAGACCACCCAGUCCAGGAUGUGUGUCUGAGCACCAGCACAAAGAAACUAAUGCUUCGACUGGCUGACAGCUGUGACAGGUCAGUGUUGACCAACCUGAAAGUUGAACCUGCUGCUCUCCUGCACAGCGAACAGAGCAGGAGAGUGAGAGGACUGAUCAUUACCACGAUAGGAUCCCCAGUCUGCCAGCCAGGAUACGACUUUUACUCCAGAUAUUUUUCUCCAUGGAACGGGAUUCCUGAGGAUCCUGUAACUGGUUCGGCUCACACAGUCUUGGGCAGCUACUGGUCCAAAAAACUAGGAAAGAAGAAAUUGCUUGCUUACCAGUGCUCCAGUCGAGGUGGAGAGCUGGAACUUUGUGUGAGGGAUGAUGGAAGAAUCAACAUAUCUGGCCAAACCGUCACCGUCCUGAAAGGAACAAUCACAGUGUAGCCACAGACACAUUAGCAAAGAGUUUAAGUUUGGAAGACAGUCAAACAAGUAUUCAGAACUGUGAAGCUCACCCAUGUUCUGCUGCUUGGUGGCAGUAAAUCUUCUGUGAUGAAAGACUUGAAGAAACAAACUGAUCCACCGCUGUACUUGGAACUGAUAAAUAAGUUUAUGAAAAAAAAUAACAACAAAUGCACAAGUGUCUAUACUUGAAGAUGAUGGACCAGAACUAUUUUCCUUCAUGCACAUCUUCACAUGGUGUGCUAGUUCAGAGAAGUUUUAUU